AUGUUUCUUAUAACGUUAGUGGAUAAUUUUUCAGAAAUUGAAUUACAACGGUUACUGAGUUAUUUGACCUUACAAAUGUUAGAAGUCGAAAAAGCGAUUGGAUCAGCAAGAAUGAAACGAGCAUCGCCAAUAUCGGCAUCGCUUCCGAAUCGAGAUUCUGCAUAUUUCCUGAAGAGGAUUGGAGCAUUGAAGAAAUCGCUGCUGAGUCAAAAUGGCACAAAAACAAGCGAGUCAAUGGACUCCACACCAAGAUCCAAAUAUGAAAGCGAAAAUGAAAGCGAAAUCCAAACUCUUCAUCUUAAUGAAAGUGUCCAAAACUGCAAACGAUUGACGCAGCCAGAACUUGUCUCCGAACUCAAGCAAAGAGGCACUUACAAUCCAGAGUUGAUGGCAUGGGAUGCGCUAGGAGUGAUUCGGUUUCUUGAUCGAACUAUUCACGAUCACUACCAACGACAACCUCCUCGGAAUCGCCAGCGUGAGGAAGUUGUUUCGCGCAACGUCGAAGCUUUGGCGAGUCUUUUAAGGGAACUCAACGUAACCUGCGAUGUUCGCUCGCCAUUCGUUCUACAGAAAUUACACAACACCAUUUUUGCUGAGCCACGUCGGACCAUUCUAUCGCCAUCUCUUCGUCGCUCGAAAAGAAUGGACGAAGUGGACGAAAUUCUUCGACUCUUGAACAAUACGGUUGAUUGGCCAGCACGAGACAAGGAUCAACCGCUCAUUCUCGAAGACGAAAUUUUAGCACCUCGGCAGAAAUUAAUAGGAAAGUCGCAUAUCGUGCCAUUUGGGUGCGAUAAACGAGGUGCAGAAGAAGACGGUUAUUUGCGUCUUUGCGGUGCAUGUCAGGCUAUACGACAUCUACCGGACACCUUUUUUCCUCCAUUCAUCAACGAAGUUACAUGUGAUAACGAUAAAGCUUGCCUAUACUUCUAUGAUUAUCCUCAUGGCAAAUGUAGGCAGAAGCAUAUGAAUUUUGUGGUGCUACGGAAUGUUGGGACGAAAGACUGUCAAAUUUGGAAGAAGUUUAAUCUUAAUGUCAGAGUGUCUUGCGAAUGUUUUGUUGAUGAGAUGUCGUUUUUUGCGAAGUAUGUAUGA